UCUGGGUCAGCGGCAGAGAGACGAUACACCGUGGGAACACAACAGGACUUAAUGACCCGGACGGAAUACCAGCGUGGCAUGCACUCUCCUCCACUUGUCCAAUCAGCGGUUAGCAUCAAUAUGUCCGGCGUGGCCUUACAAGGGGAAGGGUCCAAAGCGGAUAAAGGUGGAGGUCCUGACCCAAAUGGAAGAUGUCCAUCAGUCGCCCCUCCGGUGAAACCAAAGCAGGUGCUGGCCUAUCUACCUCGCCCUCCUACUGACACCAGGCGCUACUGCAGCUUUCCACAAAAACCUGAACAUGUGGUGGUUCAGACAUAUAAAGAGUCCAAGGUGCCCACACAUUCUACCCCAACUCCAGUUCACCCUGUCCUGCCUCUGCCUGACAUCAUGCCCCGCAGUGUUUAUAAACGUCACAUGAGCACCACUGAUAUUGGAUAUCCGUCCCGGCCUCGGCCUAGCGUUUGCAUCUCGUCGGACCUUCCAAAGUACCGUCGCUCCUCGCUUAGAGAUGGAGGAGUUGCAACCAGCAGGGGUUACCCCAGGAAUGCCGUAAGCUUUCCAGAUAUCAGUCGUGGACCUCGCAACAUUAACACGUCCUCCAGGGGUUUUCUUUCAUCCUCAACAGCAGGAUCUGACCGUCAACCCAAACAACGGUGCAAAUUAAUGGAGGCGGACCUACGCCAAGGCAAGGCAUCUACUCACAGAGAGCGCCAAAGAUAUGUCACUAAGGACGGCAAGUGUCAAGUUAACCUGGGCCGCAUUGAAGAAAAGGGGCGUUUCUUGUCAGACAUAUUUACGACUAUCGUUGACCUCAAGUAUCGCUGGUUCCUCUUUGUCUUCAUGAUGUGCUACCUCCUCACGUGGUUUUUCUUUGCCACCAUCUACUACUUGGAUGCUUUCUGGCGCCAGGAUAUUGUAAACAUUGAUAACGCUGAAUGGACCCCCUGUUUCCAGAAUGUGAAUAGCUUCACCUCAGCUCUUCUUUUCUCAGUGGAGACCCAACGUACCAUUGGCUAUGGAUCAAGAAUGGUAACAGCUACUUGCCAAGAAGGUGUCUACCUCGUCAUGGCGCAAUCUAUCGUCGGUUCCAUGAUCGACGCCCUUAUGGUAGGAUGCAUGUUUGUGAAAAUUUCCCGCCCCAAGAAAAGGGCCCAGACGCUUAUUUUUAGUCAGAAAUGUGUGGUUUGUCCCCGCGAUGAGAGACUCUGCCUCAUGUUCAGAAUCGGGGACCUUAGAGACAGUCACAUGGUGGAUGCCAAAAUCAGGGCUAAGUUAAUCAAGUCAAGACAGACAUACGAAGGAGAGUUCCUUCCUCUCGAACAAACAGAAAUAAACCUUGGCUACGAGACCGGGGAGGACCGCUUGUUCUUGGUAGAGCCUCAGGUUAUAUGCCAUGUCAUCGACGAGAACAGUCCUUUCUGGGAAAUGGGUCCACAGGAGCUCCUCAGGGAACAGUUUGAGAUCAUUGUCAUCCUAGAGGGAAUUGUGGAGGCCACAGGUAUGACCUGUCAGGCCAAGUCCUCCUACUUGGAGACUGAGAUCAUGUGGGGCCAUCGCUUUGAGCCGUGCAUGAUGCUAGAGAAGGGAGCGUUCCGCGUCGACUACAAGCGUUUCCACAAGACCUUCGAGGUGCUGUUACCCCGCUGCAGUGCCAAAGAGAUUGAGGAAACCCGGGAGUUGGAGGGAUCUGAAUUCAGCUACUUCUGGGAAAAUGGGGAUUUCCUUACAGGCCGCAGAUACACGGACACAGAUCAGGAAGAGGAUGAGAGAGAAGGUUGCGGGGAAGCAUUCUCCGAAAUCAGCGGCAGACUCAUUGACAACAUUGCUGAAGAAAGGAGCUCUGACUUUAAUGGCAGUGAAUGUAAUAUAUAGAUGGAACGUGCUUCCCUCUAACCAAAAUCCAGGUAGGAUAGGGCAGAUAUCUAUAGGCUGAGCAAAGACUCAGGUUAGUAUACAUUGGGGCCUGUGGUGUAACUAUAGAGGAAGCAGACCUCCCAUUCGUGGGGGUCCGGAGAAAAGGGGGUUCUGCUUCCUCUAUAGAUCAGUGAUCCCCAACCAGUAGCUUGUGAGUAACAUGUUGCUCUCCAGCCCCCUGGAUG